AAAUAGGUACAUAAACCCAAUUUCGCUUCCACCAGGUUUUUUUUUUGAAGAUGUGGUGGGACUUCGGCUAUGGCCAAAACCCAAUUUCGCUUCCACCAGGGUUUUCACCGCCGCUCCCGUCGGAUCCGCUCCCUUGUCUCAGGUGCCUUAAUCUGACUCCAUGGCUUCGGCGCUCGCCUUGACGGACGAGGUGGCGGUUCCGAUCCGGGCGGUGGGGGAUCUGGCCGCAGCCGCCGAUGUCUCGCGCGAGGAGGUGGCCGUCAUCACCCAGUGCGCUUCGCUCGUUGGGAAGUUGCCUUUUGAUGAUGGUUCAGUUGGCGCUGUUCUUGCUGUUGUAAAGAAUGUGGAAAGCUUGAGGGAACAGUUGGUUGCUGAAAUUUGCCGGGUUCUGAAAGCUGGCGGAAGAGUACUGGUGCAGAGCUCUGCACCUUCCUCCAGUCAGAAGCCAAACACUGAUAUUGAACGCAAGCUACUGAUGGCCCAAAUUUAUGCAUUACAGCGUGUUAAUGUUAAGGCAAAGAAGGCCAGCUGGAGCAUGGGUUCUUCUUUCCCCCUUAAGAAAGCAAAAAAGGCCCUUCCUAAGAUUCAAAUUGAUGAUGACUCAGAACUUAUUGAUGAAGACAGCCUCUUGUCUGAGGAGGACCUGAAGAAACCACAACUUCCAGUUGUUGGGGAUUGUGAAGUGAGGGCAUCAAGGAAGGCAUGCAAGAACUGUACUUGUGGCAGGGCUGAGGCUGAGGCAAAGGUAGAGAAGCUAGAGCUCACUGCCGAGCAGAUCAAUAAUCCUCAGUCGGCUUGUGGCAGUUGUGGGUUGGGUGAUGCAUUCCGGUGCGGCACCUGUCCGUACAGAGGUCUGCCCCCAUUCAAGCCUGGCGAGAAGGUUUCCUUGUCUGGCAACUUCCUUGCCGCAGACAUAUGAUGGUAUCAGAUACAACUAUACAAGUGAACGUCGGCAAGAACAGGAGAGAAAGAUUACCUUUAUCAAUUUGUCCGCUUGUUUGGACGUCACGUUGGUGGUUAAGUGGUGAUUCUCACUGGAAGAACAAAUGAAUUUGAAGUAGCCCUGUUGGCCUAUGUGCGCGUGUGGCAGAUUGAGCAAUGCGCAUCACGGAUAAUAUGCAUAACUGAGGCCGGCAGCAUUUGUUUGACCUGAAGUGAUGAGAUACAUAUCUGCGUAAUGAUCUUACUUCUCAACUGAACAUAGUAA